GUGAGCGUCCUCAUUCAAAAGAACAGGCCGCCAUGUUUGUUUACCUUAUUCAUCUACUGUGAGUAUCGCGUGAGAGCGGAGCUACUAGCAUCUCCAUGGAAACGCACAUAGCCGAACCUCAACCGUGAAAGACACACGCAGUUACACCAGUUUACAGUACACAUGGACGGGCUGUGAGGAGUCAGAGGCCUGUUAUCCACGUGUACGAGUGCACAUCUGUGCUGUGUGGGGCGCAGCGUACCCCACAACCUUGUUAUGGUCCGCUACACGGUUAGCUAGAGGCUAUCUAUAACCGCUUCUUGUUUAUUUAUCUAUGUUACAAGAGGGACACAUUCCCAUCACCAUGGCUGUAUCAGUAGAGGAGGUUUCUUCGUCCCUUGUGCGGGAAUUUCUGAGUCGAAAGGGACUCAAGAGGACGAUUGCCUGUAUGGAUGAAGAACAUCCACGCACAGAAGCCAGUAUCAACAACAGGUCACACUUGAGGCAGAUCCUCAACAUGGAGGGUCUCUACAGAAAGAAUAAAGUUCAGAACGCCCCUUUGAAGACAUUGCUGGAGAUUAUUGUAAAGUAUCACAUCAAGGACCUUAACAAUGACAAGGUCACAAGCAACGAAUAUGAACCCCUGAAGUCUGAACGAACCACCAGCUCGAUAGCUAAUUCUCCUGCAGUCGCACAAGCAGUGAUGAAUGACACAGAGGAGAGUACAGCAGCUUUUGUUGUCAGCAAACACGCCAAAUUAAGGUCUGAUAUAGAAGACAUCUACCCUCCUCAGCCUAUAUUUGCACCAUUAUUGCCUGAGACAGACAGGCUGUCUGGUCGUAGUCAAACAGGUUUCUGGGCUGGAGACCCAAAAGACCAGCCACUGGUGGAUACCUUGCAGGACUCCAAGAGUUUCAUCAGAAGAGAGCCAGAAAAAAUCUCCAUCACUGAGAGCACCCACAAGAGCAGAACAAAUCGCAUUAGACGUGGCAUGAUGGCUGGACCAAUAGCUAGCACACCUCAGGAAUCAAACAAAAAAAGACAGAAUCGAAGGGUAGAAGUGUCCCAGCCGCUGCUCGUAAGAGACGAAGGAAACAGACAGUCUAAGGAUGGAUUAUUAUUAGUGACUGGCGUACAUCAGAAAAGCUUAGAAAGUGGCCUAACUGAAGUCAGCUCAGCUGACCGUGCAAGAGGGCGACGGGAGAUGUGGAGUGCUCCUGAAAGAGUGCAGAGGGAAAACAGCUUUGAAAAAGUGGGACAAGACCUACUGAAGACUAGAAAGGUGAAGUCUUUGCCCAUCCCAAAUGUGGCCGAUCUGGAUGUGUCUGAGAUGGUUUUAGAUGAUGUUGAUGAUGACGACGAUCUACAAGAACUCUCCAAAGUGGCCUUUCAGAAAACCAUCACAGAGCACAGCUUUGCUGGUCGUCCAAUGGACCAACACACUGCCAUGGAAUUGAAAGCGGUUCUUCUUGGUUCCAGCCUAAAUUGUUUCAGUGUUGAGUGGAGAAAUCAGGGUUUUACAUUCUCAGAAACGCAUGACCUGAGAUACGGAAUUGUGCAGAAAAAGGGUGGUCCUUGUGGAGUUCUGGCAUCCAUCCAAGCUUUUGUUCUAAAGAAACUACUGUUUGAAAACAUCAAAAGCAGUGGCACAGGCCUUCAGAGGUUAAGACCUUCCAACACUACCAGAAGAAGGUGUCUUGUUUUAGCUGUGGCUGAAAUCCUGUGGAGGGCUGGAGAAGAAAAACAAGCUACAUUUGCAAUAAAUUCAGGGAGAAAUCAUUUCACCCCAACCGGACACUACAGGUCUCAAGGAGUGCUUGAAAAGAUCACAUGUUUCACCGUGGACAACAUCAACGACCUGCAGUUGCUUCUGGAGCAGCAUAUUGAGCAGUUUGAGUCCGGGGUCUUAGGAUGUAUACUGCUGACCAUAUCUGCCGUUCUCUCUCGAUCCAUUGACAAAGUAAGAGAGGAUAUGGAUGUGCCCACCACUACGCUCAUCGGAGCUCAUGGCUACUGUACUCAGGAGCUGGUCAACCUGUUGCUCUGUGGAAAAGCAGUUUCCAAUGUCUUCGACAAUGACAUGCAGUUGGACUCUGGCAAUGGCAACAUAACUCUGCUCAAAGGAAUCAAAGGCCAGUGUGACAUUGGCCUGCUGUCCUUAUUUGAACAUUAUAACAUCUGCAAGGUUGGAGCUUAUCUGAAGACUCCCUGUUACCCUAUCUGGGUGGUGUGCAGUGAAAGCCACUUCAGUGUGCUGUUUGGCCUGCAGAGGGAGCUGUUGUCCAAUCAGGACAAAGGUCUGGAGUUUGACCUCUACUAUUACGAUGGACUGGCCAAUCAGCAGGAGGAGAUCCGCCUCACUGUCUCUGUUGGCAAAUCGGCCCUGAGCUGUCAGGAGAGCGACACUGAUCUCAUUCCUCCUCUGGAGCACUGUAUUCGAACUAGGUGGAAAGAUGCAUUAGUCAAUUGGAAUGACACUGAGCCUAUUCUCUGACACGGUUUGAUGUUAUUUACAGUACGACAAGGACAAUUAAACAACAAACAUUUUGCAAGUUUUCAACAUAUUAUAUUGUUAUUUCUUUAUAUUUAGCCAUAUAUUUUAGCAUAACCAUGGUUCACGCGUGCCUGUAAGUUAUACAUCACGCAAUAUAUGUGUAGCUGGAAAGGUUUGAGACCAUACUGGAAUAUGGUAUAUCAUUUCAUCCAUAAACACUGCCUUCAUUGCCUGCAAAAUUAUAUCAGUGAGAUGAUGUGUUUUUAAAAGGUUUAGCAAUAUACUUGAGGUAACUUUGUCUUAAAAUGUACAUGUCUGGAGAAAUACUUGUUGGUGAAAUGUAUAUAUCGUAUAGAUACCGUAUUGACCACAGUGGCCUUUUACUCUAGACCUGUACAUUUUACAUACAGAGAUAACAGAUCAAUGUCCACAUUUUAUAUUAAAUUAUUAGCAUUUCCCUGCCUAUUAGAGAUGAAAUGAAUAUGUGAUAUUUUAAUCAAGAGAACGGUUGACUUUUGUUGUAUGUUACUUGUAAUUCCCAGAAAUCAGAAUUGCCUUGUAUUACAUGUGCACAAUUUAAAUUAGAUAAUCUGUUAAAGAGAUUAAAUUCAAUAAAUACAGAUGUGUGUGUGUGUGUGUGUGUGUGUGUGUGUGUGUGUGUGUGUGUGUGUGUGUGUGUGUGUGUGUGUGUGUGUGUGUGUGUGUGUGUGAGAGAGACAGUCAGUCAGUCAAAGAGAGUGAACACUAUACUAAAUUGCUUGUAAUUGCUCAGAUGAAUUUUCACUUUUGACAGACCUCUCAUCUGGAACAGAAAAUAAAUGAAUCGUUCAAUACCUCAACUGUCUCCACACAGUGAUGGUUGUUUUUUUCUUUUUUUCAUGAAGCUAAUUUUAACUGCAAACCAAACUGACUAAACUACUAUUAUGUCACUUAACUAUAAUUUCAUUGUAUAAUGUUGAGAAAACAUCACAUCCUCUACAAUAGACCAUACCACGUCAUGUAAAAAUGUCACGUGUCCUGCAAAUGUUUCUUUUCUAUUUGAAAGGAAAAUAAAUCCAAAAUAAACAAA